CCCCCACUUGUCCAACAUAUAUAUCAGAGUACCUCCCCCAAGGGUCUUUCAGAAAUUUCGACAUUCAUUCAAAAUCUAUCUUACAUCAUGUCGCCUCACCGGCGCAUGUCAAAGGUCUCUCAACGCCAUCCUUCACAAAUCAACGAUGUCUUCCUCGGUCUCGCCUUCACCCUUCAUUCCCCCAAGAACCCGAAUGAACCCGGUGAUUUGGAAUACACUGCCGUGCUGCAUGAUGGUACGGGUGUGGUUGAGAGUGAGGAGUGGCACUUGCCUUUUCGUCUUGAAUUGAGCGACGAGGAGAGUUUAGGCGAGGUUCAGAUUGCUAGUCGAAAGGUUUUAGAGAGGAUCAUGGAGUAUGAGAAUGAGAGGAAUGCGAAAGUAUGUGUGGUAGCUGUCGCUGAGCCCAUUCCUCAUCAGCUCAUGGGGAAUCAAGGGGUCGAGUUCUUCGCGACCAUUUGGCUUCAUCUCGACGCGGUCCCGUUUCUGAUCAAACCUUCUACGUCCAUCUUUACAGAGCUCCCAGCCCCGUCAACCGCAGCAAGCGCUGCGUCUGCCAUUUCCGCUGCCAUUCUGCAUCUGCAUCCAGCCACACAUACGGCCACCACGGCGGUACUGGAUCCGGUCGACCAUCAUGUGCAGGUCGACUGUAACCGUCAAGUCCGCCUAUGCAGCAUCGUACAAUACCAGCAGAGCACUAGCCCAGAACUGUGGAAACGCUUCACCGCACUUGCCACGCAGUUGCGGGAGAAAGACAUUUCUAUUGCGUUUUUCUCGGCAACCCCUCAAGGCGGCGGUGUAGCUCUUAUGCGUCAUGCUCUCAUCAGACUAUUGCGUAUGGUUGGAGUCAAAGUCAAUUGGUAUGUCCCCGAGGGUCACCCGGUAGUCUUCGACAUCACCAAACGUAAAAUUCACAAUGUGCUACAAGGUGUGGCCGAGAAAGGCAUGGAGAUGAGUGAUGAGGAUAAGCGCUGGUUCGAGAUUUGGACCAGACAAAACUACGAAGCAUUCUGGACUAAAGGCGCCCUUGACGCAGAUGUCAUCGUGAUCGACGACCCUCAGCUCACCGCAAUGAUCCCCAUCAUCAAGAGGGAACGUCCGAACACCAAGAUCAUUUUCCGUUCGCAUAUCCAGCUGCAGUCUGAUCUCAUCGAUAAUCCCUCUACCCCUCAGGCGAGGACUUGGAACUACCUAUACAAUUACGUCAAACAUGCUGAUCUUUUCCUCUCGCAUCCUGUCAAGUUUUUCGUACCCAAGAAUGUACAUGACAAUAUGGCUGUUUUGUAUAUGGCACCCUCUACCGAUCCAUUGGAUGGAUUGAACAAGCCUUACGGAGAGCGCUCAGUACAUUACUUCAGGCAAUACUACAACUCGUUGUCGGCCAAGCAAUGCGGCAUAACCGUAGACUGGGAUAGAGGAUAUAUAUGUCAGGUUGCAAGGUUCGACCCCAGUAAAGGGCUGGAAUACCUGCUCGCUGCAUACCUGGAGUUCAGACAGAAGUUGAUGAAACUCGACCCACCUCCACUGGGUGGAGGGCCUCAUCUCAUUGUGAUGGGACACGGGAGCGUCGAUGAUCCUGAUGGCACACGCAUUUAUGAGAAACUACACGACAUACUCGCAUCGGAAGAGUACGCUCUGGUCAAGGAAGAUGUCUCGAUUGUUCGUGCUCCUCCAAGUGACGGCAUCCUAGGAGCUAUUAUGCAAGGUGCUUGGGUAGCAACACAAUUGUCCACUAGAGAAGGUUUCGAGGUCAAAGUCACCGAGGUUGUGAACAAACGUGUCCCCAUCAUCGUGUCGGACGCUGGAGGUAUUCCUCUUCAAGUCAAACACGGUAUCAACGGUUGGAUUGUCCCCACCGCCAACUCCCAUGCCGUUGCUCAAACGCUGUACGAUAUCCACCAGGGAAAUAUCUCUGUCCAUCGCACUCUAGACCCUGAACGCAAACUCGAUGGUCGCAAGACGGAUCCAAAUUCCGUAUCAGAAGAAUUUGUCCGCAACUUCGAUGAACCCAUGUUGAAAGUACACGCCGAUGACGGUGCGACCAGUGAAGAUUUCUGGACGGUCGGAAACGUUACUCGAUGGUUAUACCUCUUCAGCAGGUUACUCGGUCUCGAGCAUGAUGGAGAUGAAACGCUUCAAUCAAUGGACAUCGGAACUCAACUGGUUGGGAAGAAGAUCGACGGACCGAACGUCUGGGAGAUGGUAAUGGGGAAAGACAUGGUACAAGGGGAGGGAGAGUUGAUCUAAUUAGAUCUGGAAUAUUGGACAAUGCCGAUGAUACAUUGCUCACUUAUAUCAAUCGUAUCCCUUCUCGUUCCUGUUGCUGCCGAGAGCGAUCAAGCCCCUACCGAGUUUGUUUGGAUAAUGAUUUACCUGUCGACGAUGAAUGAGAAUACGUGAGGUUUGUGUCUCG